CCGAUAGGGUGCGCCACGUUCGGUGCCAGUCGAGUGCCGCAGUUUUCGCGCGGGGCGGGUGUUGUCAUCGGAUUUUUACGCGAAAAGAGUGAGUUUCUGUGGAAAAUACUGUAAAUAUUCACGUGAAAAUGCCGCCAAAGAAGCGGGAGAAAGAAUUGGAUGGACAAAAGGGCCCGCGCAUGGAUCAGAUUCAGGCAGACCACGAGCUGUUUCUUCAAGCCUUCGAAAAACCAACACAAAUUUAUCGCUUUCUACGUACAAGAAAUCAAAUCUCACCAAUAUUCCUGUAUCGAAAUUUGACUUACAUGAGGCAACGUAUGUCUAGGAGUCAUAAAUCUCGUAGAGGAUUUAAAAUUGAUACAAUUUUGGAAAGAUUGAUGUCUAAAAAUAAUCAAGAACAAACUCUUGGUGUACGUGGAUAUAUGACACUUACAUUUUUAGGUUUUUAUGAUAAGAAAAUUGAAGCAUCACAAGAUCCAGUAAAAGUAGAAACUUUACUUUUAAAAAUUUGCCAUAAGAAAAGGAAAGAUGUAAGCUCACCUAUUAUGCAAGUGUCUGUUGGAACAAGUGAAGUCCCGAUUAAUCCUUUAGAAAAUCAACCUCCACCUAAAGCACCAACAAUCUCAAUACCUAAUGAAUCUUUUAGUUUAAAUAAUGGACAUGUAGCAAAAACAUAUAUGCUUUUAUUGAGGGUAUAUUGUAUGUCUAACAAUAGCUGCCUUAUACAUAGCUGUGAUUUAGAAGAACCAGCACAGAAACGUCGAAAGUCGUCUGCAGGUUCAAUUAAAAGUAGCGGUGAAGAAGUAAAAUUGUAUGGCUCUGAGCUCAUAGUAUAUGAUAAGCAUAACAGAUGUCUUCUGACAGAUGGUGAUUAUGAAUUAGGUUUGCAGGAAGUACAAACUAAUGUUAGAUCCAGCCCAAAGAAAUACAGUUCUUGGGAAUCUGUACCUGACAUUAAAGAAUGUGGUCCUUUCGAAGUGUUCAGUAGAGGUCCUACAUUAAAAUUUAGACUUAGUUGGACUAUGGAGCCAAGUAAUGGUUUAGUGGACAGACCUGCUCCUAUUCAUCCAGUGCCAAGCGGUGACAAUAAAGAAAAUCGAUCAAGCAACACUGGCUUUGAGCGCUCUUCCACAAACCAUAAUAACAAUAACACCAAUAAUAACAAUAAUACAACACUGCCAACACCUAGUCCAUUGACCCCGUCAAGAAUGUCUGUAUCCACUGAAAAAAUGGAGAAUUCAAUGGGUACUCAACAAAUAGUUUAUCAAUUUUUAUACAAUAAUAACAGUCGUCAGCAAACAGAGGCUUGUGAGGAUCUUCAUUGCCCAUGGUGUUCAUUAGAUUGUGGGAAGCUCUAUUCUCUUUUAAAGCAUUUGAAGUUAUGUCAUUCUAGAUUUACGUUUACUUACGUGCCAAUACCACAAGGUGCCCGUAUAGAUGUAGCAAUAAACGAAUGUUAUGAUGGUUCAUAUGCUGGUAGUCCACAUGAAUUAAUCACUCAACCAUCUGGGGUAGCUUUUUCACGCACAGGCCCAACUAGACGUACGAGUGUAACAAAUAUUUUAGUCUGUCGGCCAAAGAGAACAAAACCGAGUUUAUCAGAAUUUCUUGAACUUGAUGAAAAUGAAUUUGAAAGCCAAAGACCUUACAUCACUGGACAUAAUAGAUUAUAUCAUCACACUGUCACUUGUUUACCUAUUUAUCCGAAAGAAAUGGAUAUUGAUUCUGAAGGAGAAAACGAUCCAAAAUGGUUACAAACGAAGACAAUGAUGAUGAUCGAUGAUUUUACCGAUGUUAAUGAAGGAGAAAAAGAAUUAAUGAAAAUGUGGAAUUUACAUGUAAUGAAAUAUGGAUAUGUAGGAGACUGCCAAAUACCAUUGGCUUGCCAAAUGUUUUUAGAAACCAAAGGAAAGGAAUUACUUAUGAAAAAUUUAUAUCGGAAUUUUGUACUGCAUAUGUGCAGUUUAUUUGAUUUUGGUUUAAUUAGUCCUGUUAUUCUUUAUCAGACAAUUCAAAAGCUGCAGGAGAUUAUGAAAGAAGGAGGUGAAAAUGGUGAUGUACGCAAAGUUUUGCAAAAAUCUCAUGAAGCUCAAGUUGAAAGAUGGGUUUCUACAGGUUUUCAAGCAUCUACUGAUGUUACUGCUACUAAAGCAAGUAGUACAAAAAUCAGUUUUAAUAAUGACUGUUCAAGUUCUAAUGCUAGGAGGAAAACAUCGCUUCCCUUGGGAUCACCAAAUUCUCAAAAUGUAAAAUCUACUGUUUCUAUGCAUAUGUUUCAAUCAACACAUUAACGUUUAUUUUGAUUUUAUAUACAGUUUUGACGAAUUAAAAAUAAAUCAGAAGGGAACGUUAAAUUUGUUCCUGUUUAAAUAAUCUGCAUUAGUUCAAAAUGCACUUUAUUAAUUAAUAAUUAUAUAUUGGCAACAAUGUUAUUUUUUAAACAUAUAGUAUCAUACUGAUUUUUUUAUGGUCUAGUCAAUGAUACUGUUCAUGUUAUCUAUAUUUUAUAUCUUUGGAUGUUACAAUUAUUGAUACAAAUUGUUUCAAACUUAUGCUCGUAAUUAUAUAUAAAAUUCUCUGCCUCAUAAAAGUAGUAGGACACUUUAAUUUGUAAUAGAAUUGGAUUUUGUGAUAAAAAGCAUUGACCCUAAAGACAAUCAAUUUUUGGGGAAUUAUUUUUUAAAACCGGGAUUUUUCUUUUUUUUUUUUUUUUGGAUCAGUCCUUAAUUUCUGCUUACAAAUAAUCGAAGUAUGUCAAGUAUUUUUUGUACAUGCUGGUUCUUUUAUACAGUAAAAUAAUUAUGUACUUUAUAGAAUGUUAAUUUAAAUUAUAACUUAUCAUAUUAAUAUUUUAACAUCUAAAUUCACAUGGAUGAAUUAAACAGGUAUUUUACUGGCGAUAAUACGUCAUGAUCAAAGACAGAAUUUAAUUAGUUAAAAUUGAUCUAUUGUGCUCUAUCUGAAAUAUUCAAAUCUUAAUUGUAAAUUUUAUUCUGUAAAAGAAAGAAUGCAUAGAUUGAAAGUGCCUUUACCAAACUAGCAGGUCUGUAUAUGAGAGUAACAAUAGGCCAGUUUGGGGAUCUGUAUAUGUAUAUUUUGUUUCCUAAGACAUAUUAUAGGUCAUUGUUCUCUCAUACAAGCUUGUAAAUCGGAGCUAGUGCAUCAUGAUAAAACGUUUACUUGAGUGUAAUAUAUGACUUUUACUGCCCGUAGUUGUUCGAAGAAACGUCUACAUUCCUUUAUAUAUAUUAUCUAUCAUUUCUUUAUAUCUGUUUUAUUAGUUAUUCAUCAUAAACAUUCUCUUAAUGUUUGUUAAGAAUUUUGGAAUCUUCGUUUUCUUCGAACGACUUCAACUACUGUCCAUUAAUAUUAUUGUCUAUGCUAGGAUGUAAAUAGAAAAAAAAAUUACAAUAAAAUACAUGGACAUAAAAAUAAGUGGUAAUUAUUACUUUUGUUUAAAAUUCAAAUAUAUAAAAACAUUUUCAAAGUUUGUCUAAUAAUACAUUGUAUUCGACUGCAAUGAGAUGUGUUAGUGAGAGAGAGAAAGAGAGAGAGAGAGAGUGAGAGAGAGAGAGAGAGAGAGAGAUUUUUGGUGUUUUAUUAUAUCUCUCAUAUACAUUUUAUGAAACAAGAGAAUUUUAAAAACAAAUUGUAUGAAAUUGGUUUCAUCUAAUUGUCUGAAGGAACCAGUUGUCAUCACAAAUUUUAACUUUUGAUAAUACUAUUUAUCCAAGGAAAUGAAUGUUAUAAUCCAUGAUA